GUCACAUGACCAUUACUGCUUCCUCCCCAUGACAUCAGUGCUUUGCAGCCAUACCACCAAAGAAAGGAUGCUUUUAAAAUCUUUGGGACUGGGCUAAAUGAUGUUGAAUUGCAGGACUGGGAAGUUCUCUGCAAGAACCUUGAGAGGAGAAGUUAACCCACCAAUAGAAGCUUUGGAGACUGUUUCAGAAAGACCCUAAUAUGGUUAAUGCAGGAGAAAUGAACGGUUCUGGCAACCUGAUGGAUUUUCUGGAUGAGCCUUUUCCUGAUGUCGGGACUUAUGAAGAUUUCCACACUAUUGACUGGCUGCGGGAGAAAUCACGUGACACUGACCGCCAUAGGAAGAUUACAAGCAAAAGUAAGGAAUCCAUAUGGGAAUUCAUCAAGAGUUUGCUGGAUGCCUGGUCAGGAUGGGUUGUAAUGCUUCUCAUAGGACUACUGGCAGGCACGUUAGCCGGAGUGAUAGAUUUAGCUGUGGAUUGGAUGACAGACCUGAAGGAAGGUGUCUGCCUGUCUGCGUUCUGGUACAGCCACGAGCAGUGCUGCUGGACGUCUAAUGAAACGACCUUCGAUGACAGAGACAAAUGUCCCCAGUGGCAGAAAUGGUCUGAACUUCUUGUAAACCAGUCAGAGGGUGCGAGUGCUUACAUUCUAAACUACUUUCUGUACAUUCUAUGGGCUCUAUGUUUUGCUUUCCUGGCAGUCUCCCUGGUCAGAGUGUUUGCUCCCUAUGCUUGUGGCUCCGGAAUCCCAGAGAUAAAAACCAUCUUGAGUGGGUUCAUUAUUAGGGGCUACCUGGGCAAGUGGACACUUUUGAUUAAAACAGUCACCUUGGUUCUGGUGGUAUCUUCAGGCCUCAGCCUUGGGAAAGAAGGGCCCUUAGUCCAUGUGGCCUGUUGCUGCGGAAACUUCUUCAGCAGCCUUUUCUCCAAGUACAGCAAGAAUGAAGGAAAGAGAAGAGAGGUUCUUUCAGCUGCGGCAGCUGCAGGAGUUUCUGUUGCCUUUGGGGCUCCAAUUGGCGGUGUACUUUUUAGCCUGGAAGAGGUCAGCUAUUACUUUCCCCUGAAAACCCUCUGGAGGUCAUUUUUCGCUGCUCUUGUGGCUGCCUUCACACUGAGGUCCAUCAAUCCUUUUGGAAAUAGCCGACUGGUCCUUUUUUACGUGGAGUACCAUACCCCCUGGUACAUGGCUGAGCUCUUCCCCUUCAUUCUUCUUGGUGUCUUUGGUGGCCUCUGGGGGACCCUCUUUAUCCGCUGCAACAUUGCCUGGUGUAGGAGGCGAAAAACCACCAGGCUUGGGAAAUACCCGGUCCUGGAAGUUAUUGUGAUAACAGCUAUCACUGCCAUCAUCGCCUACCCCAACCCAUACACCCGGAGGAGCACCAGUGAGCUGAUCUCAGAGCUCUUCAAUGACUGUGGUGCUCUGGAGUCCUCCCAGCUCUGCGACUACAUCAAUGACCCAAACAUGACCCGUCCAGUGGAUGACAUUCCUGACAGACCUGCUGGCCCUGGAGUCUACACUGCCAUGUGGCAGCUUGCCUUGGCUUUGGUGUUUAAAAUCGUCAUCACAAUAUUCACUUUCGGCAUGAAGAUUCCUUCAGGUCUUUUCAUUCCCAGUAUGGCUGUUGGAGCCAUGGCUGGCAGGAUGGUUGGAAUUGGAGUAGAGCAGCUGGCCUAUCACCAUCAUGACUGGAUCAUCUUCAGGAACUGGUGCAGACCUGGGGCAGACUGCGUCACUCCAGGACUUUAUGCUAUGGUGGGAGCGGCAGCUUGCUUGGGUGGUGUGACUCGAAUGACGGUUUCUCUGGUGGUGAUUAUGUUUGAGCUAACUGGAGGCCUGGAGUAUAUCGUACCUCUUAUGGCUGCAGCUGUGACAAGCAAGUGGGUAGCAGACGCCUUUGGGAAAGAAGGGAUCUAUGAAGCUCACAUUCAUCUGAAUGGUUACCCGUUUCUAGAUGUGAAGGAUGAAUUUACCCACCGAACUCUGGCAACAGACGUCAUGAGACCAAGGCGUGGGGAAGCUCCUCUUUCUGUUCUGACACAGGACAGCAUGACUGUGGAAGAUGUUGAGACAUUAAUCAAGGAAACCGACUACAAUGGCUUCCCAGUUGUUGUCUCAAAAGACUCAGAGCGACUUAUUGGAUUUGCACAAAGACGAGAGCUCAUUCUUGCAAUAAAGAAUGCAAGACAGCGUCAAGAUGGGGUAGUGAGCAACUCCAUUGUGUAUUUCACUGAAGAUCCUCCAGAACUGCCACCCAACAGUCCCCAUCCUCUGAAGCUGCGGCGUAUUCUUAACCUGAGCCCUUUCACUGUCACUGACCACACACCGAUGGAGACUGUGGUAGAUAUCUUCCGGAAACUUGGACUCCGACAGUGUCUUGUCACUCGCAGUGGGAGGCUGCUGGGUAUCAUAACUAAAAAGGAUGUAUUACGACAUAUGGCUCAAAUGGCAAACCAGGACCCUGAAUCUAUCAUGUUUAACUAGACUGUUAAAGGAAUAAGAAAGUAAUCCCAAAGGAAUCCCUUCUAGAUUAACACAGAGGUGUUCAGUGUUUCGUUUUUAUUUCAAGGGAAAGCGUAAUGUGUAUGACGAAUGGUCUAAUGCGUCUCUGACAGAGGGUGUGGAAGCAGGAUGGCACUUAUUUAAUGAGGAAGGCAGUUUAGAAGCUCUGAGCAGCUGCAGACAUCAAGCUGUUUUCUUAAUGAGUUUCCUAACAGCUCAAUUGGUGCAUUGGUGGGUGUAAGUGAUGUGGUGCUGAGAGACAAAGAGCCAGGAGCACCAGAGGGAUGCAUCAACAUUCAGGGGAACUCAGGAGGCAGGUGUGAAGACUAGCAGACACUGUUUUUGUAUAAACUGUUAACAAAGAUUUGUGUUCCAAACUAGAGAGUGUGUGAGCAAUGUCAGUUGUUUUUAUUACUGAAAGCCAUGGCUAUUUAUUUGCUGUUGAUUUAUACCAUUUUCAUGAGGAAAAAAGAAAGUCAUAUUUUAAAGUCAAAGAUUUUGUCACUUUCACUUAUUUUUGUAAAAGUUAAGUAAAUUCAGGACUGAAAUUAAAGGAGCAAGAGCAUGUUUCAAUUCACUUUCAAAUAUAGUGGCUGCUGCUCCCCGCUUUAGUCCUUUGAAUUUUACAGUUUAUAUAUCUAUACAGUUUAUAAGUAUACGGUUCGAUAUUUCUGUCAAUCAGCUUUUCUUUAUUAAUGUUGAAAUGUGACUUAUUUCUUAGGAGCAUGAGGAAAAACUUCUUACUGUGAGGGUGAUGGAGCAUUGGCACAGCUUGCCCAGAAAGGCUGUGAAGUCUCCUUUCUUUGGAGAUAUUCAAAACCCACCCGGUUGUGAUCUUGUGCAAUGUGCUUGAGCAGGAGGACUGGAAUAGGUGAUCUUUAGAGGUCCCUCCCGACCUCAACCAUUGUAUAUGUGUGUGAUUUCCUAUUUCUCUAUGCAAUUUUGCGUACAGAUACUGUAAUACUUAGUAUUAUGUGGUUCGCUGUGACCAUAGAAAAAAGCAUGAAAGCCCGUGAAGGAAUUUUAAAAGGCACAAAAGGGAGAAUGGUAUCCAGCUCUCAUCAGUGCUGGUGAUAAGGCUUCACCUGUCAUUCCUUGCAUAAAGAGAAAUUGUCGCUUUUCACAGAAAUUUGAAGUUCUGCAUUGAUUCCUGAUUCUCCACGUAGUUUCCUUCCUUCAUUGGCUUUUCCCGAUGCUUGUCUGCACCUGCCAAGAGAUUGCUUAAGUUAAUUUAACAACCACGGACAUUUAUUCUGUAGCAUAUUUGUUCUUUAUGCUGUAUCUGCCAGUCACAGGACUGCUGAAUCCCUCCCCGCUGCGCUGUGGAAGGGAUAAGGGAUCAAACGGACUGAGGAUGCAGUCAACAAUAGAAAGGCUUUAAUUAUUUAUCAGCUUGUAGCAAGAAAACAUGAUUUAACACCCCCACAUAGGGGCCUUGGAGCCACUCAGGUAAAAAUAUUACAUUUUCUUGCUUUGGUCCUGUAUGAGAUACAUGGAGUCAACACUUCCUGUGGUAAUACACUAGCACUUUAGUCAUUACUGAUUUCAGUAAUAGAUGACCAAAUUCUACUCUCAGUAACACCUAAUCCAUGCUGCCCAGUGUUUGGUUUGUGAGCUUGAAGAUAAUGACUGGAUGAUAAUUUAGAUUCUCCAUCAGGAGGGCCAAGUCUCUGAACAAACCAUUGAUUUAGGCAGCUAAAACCUCUACUGUUUUUGCUCAAAGUUAUAUAGAUAACAAAAGCUCGAGUCUAUUGCACCCAAAAGGCUUUCAAGGACAGAGAUGAAAAGAAUAUGCCAGAAGAACCAGACAAAAGCCAUACUAUUGGGCUAACUUGAAGGCAUGAUCACUGUGUCCUUGAACUGAGACAACUGACCAGGUGCACCCUAAGUCAGAUGCCCAAAGUUACAAAUUCCUGUUCUUAUCUACAGCAACCCUGCUUCCUUCUGGCUGGCGUCCUACUGCAUUCAGACAAAAUAUGGCCCAAAUUGGUUAAGAAAAAGAAAGGAAUAGUUUUAAUUUGCUAAGUACAGCACUUAACAAUAGUGUUUGCAACAAACUGACAUAAAUACAUGUAGCUCUGACCAAAUCCCAUGAAUAGCGAAGUGUGUAUUUUUUUGGUUAACUGAACAGCUGCAGCAUGAUGUAUUAUUAAAGGCAUAUUGUUAAACAUAAACCGUGGGACUGAGUAACCCUUCUGCAAAUAGGAAAUGCAACAUAAUGUUGUUGUUUCUUUUGUUUUUCUAUUGAACAGUCAUCAAUGAAACUCAUAAAAAAGCAACCAAGUCGACCACAAAUCUCAUGAAAACUGGAUUCCAUCGUCAGACGAGGGUUUUAAAAUUCAUUCUAAAAAUCAGCGAUUUCCCAAAUGGGAUUUUGUACAAAUGUCAAGUUCUGCUCCAAAUUACUAGAAUCUAAAUAGACUGACUUCUGGGGGCAAUGUUUUUUUCUGAAAUUAAAACUGAGACUGUGUUUUACUUUUCACUUUUAUGGCUCCUAACAUUAACAUAUGUUGAUGAACACUUUCUCCAUCUCCUUUUAUGUAUAUAUGGGAAGUAAGUAUGCAGACUCUCCCCACUUUGGACUAGAUGAUCUUGUAGGUCCCUUCCAACCUUGUUGUUCUAUGAUUCCAUGAUUCGCUUGAACACUUCUAAAUACCUCUUUUGCUCAUGAGACAAGAGAAAUAAGAUCAUUUAUUUGCUAUUUGAAAUCAAACUCUUUGCUUCACAUAUGUCAAGGAGAAAAAGGAGGUCUUAAAGAUCUCUGUGUUAGCCAGGCAAACUUCAUUCCAUGCCCCAUUAGACUUUAUUCCACAGCAGAGCUAACUCUGAAGAGCAUUCAUGAGUAUUUGCUAAGAAGAACGGGGAUGGUACAUCAAUGCUGAAAAAAUUGUUUCUUGAGACUGAGAGAAAGAUUUUGUGUCAGGUAAGAUUAAACUUGUCAUGAAUGUAAACUCAUUUAGAUAUAGAAAACCCAAUUCUGUCUGUUUAAACUUAGUCCAUUGCACAGGCCAAUUCUCCAUGAUACUCAGAGGCCUGAUCCACUAAAACGAACAGCCAGCCCUGUGAUGUUUUCUCAGCUCAUCUUACUGGGUUGUAUAUGAGUAGCCUUAAGGGUUUAAGAACAGGAUCCAUAAAACCAUCGUGAUGGUUUGUAAGAAACAACAACAGAUAGAACUGCUUUGACUCUAGGACUACCACCCAAAUAGAAGACAGGGAAAUGGGGGUUCAGAUCUUUAUAAAAAAUUUUCUCCUCUUUAUAGCAGAGACUAAAAUCAAGUCAUCAGGAACAGCAUAGCAAUAGCUAACUUCAUCUGCUUGGUACUAUCAAGGCUGAGUUAAGGAUAGAAAGGCAAGAAGGCUUUGAAACAGGAGAGGCUUUGCUCAUCAGAAGACUUCCAGAAAUGGUAUUUGGCUGUACCUCCGCUAUACAGUUUUCAUUGCUCAUAUAACUUUAGUGGUUGGAUGGGGAACAUUCUUAAUAGAAAUUAAUGACAUGGUUUUCUCAAAAAGAAAAAAAAGAAAAAAAAUAGAAAAAGCAAUUCUAAUGUAAACUUAGGUAAUUCCCCCAUAACAAAUCCACCACAAUUAUUCACCAUUUUCCAUCUAUAUUCCCAAAUGUGUCUCAGAAGUCACCGAAUAGACUCCAAGAGGUAUAGACCUCAGCCUUAAGUAUUUGAAUUGAUAUAAUUCAAAAUCAUAGAGUCACAUAGCCUGAUGAAUCUGAAACUGAUAUAUAUCAGUAUACAGUGCUUUGCUUAUGCAGCCUGUGAAAUCCUCACGUUCAAACGGUUGGACUUUGGUAAUGUCAAACUAAAUAAGAGAGAAAAAGCCUUUGAAUGAUGCAAAUUCAGUGUUGUACAUUUGUUUUGCAUGAACUGUGUUCAGUUAUAUUCAGCUUCUGAUGUGUGAGUGAAGCAACCUGUACCAGAAAGUUUAUUAUUAAAAUGAGGGACAUGGAUGGCUCUAGCCAUAUCCUUUGGCUGUCACAGUGACACCAACUAUUAAUUAUGCUUUGAUGAAGCAGAUAAAGAAUGUUUAAGAAUUACUGAAGACCCAUUGAUUCCGUGUUGGAAUGACAAUAUAGUUAUGAAUAUUGUUUUGUUGUUGUAUUUUAUUUUAUUUUAUUAUUAUGGUAGAAAACAGUAUAGAUGUUGCACCUUAUCAAAAACCAUGUUUGGAAUCUAUUUUUUAAAUAAAACUGAGGACUUACAGGACUGGGAA